AUGGCUUCAGAUGCAGCUUCCCACAUCAGUGUUGGUGCUCUUGGUGCCAUUUUCGAUGACACCAAGGAUCAAGUUCGGGAGCCGAUUGUUCAGUGCGUUCAGGUGAAGCCUCUACCACCUCAGCCAAAUAACCAAGAGCGUUACCGAGCUGUGUUCAGCGAUGUUGCAAACUACGUUCAGACCAUGCUUGCCACCCGUAUGUAUAUCUCAACCUUCCAAGUUCAGGCUGCCGUGUUGACCAAAGCAGCAGAAGCCAAUCAUCUUGUGACGAAUGGAACACUGCGGAAAGGCUGCUUUGUCCGGCUUAAGUCAUUCCAGGCCAAUUCAGUGAAGGGUAAAAAGAUCUUGAUCGUCUUGGAUCUCGAAGUCCUGCAAGAGUUAGGUGAGGCGGAGAAAAUCGGCGAGCCCAAGCCCUUAGAAGCCAAAGGCGAAGAGGAGGAGGAAAAGACCCAACCGACUACAAUUUCCAGCAAUGGUUUCUAUGGCUCCAAGAUUCAAGGAGGCCCACCAAAACAGCCUCCCCAGGCACCAUCCAUGCGAGGGCCCUCCGCGUCUGCCCACGCCACUAUUUACCCCAUCGAGGCCAUUUCGCCAUACUCGAACAAAUGGACCAUCAAAGCUCGCUGCACAAGCAAGUCAAGUAUCAAAACAUGGCACAACAAGAAUGGCGAGGGUAAACUAUUCAGUGUGAACCUCCUGGAUGAUAGCGGUGAAAUUCGCGCAACAGGCUUCCAAGAGCAAUGUGAAAUGCUUUAUGAUCUCUUCCAGGAAGGCAGUGUCUAUUACAUCUCAAGCCCAUGCCGUGUCCAGAUUGCCAAGAAGCAAUUUUCCAACCUCAACAAUGAUUAUGAGCUCACCUUCGAGCGUGACACCUUGGUGGAGAAGGCCGAGGAGCAAAAUGACGUCCCCCAAAUUCGCUUCAACUUUACCUCCAUUGGAGAUCUCCAGUCUGUGGAAAAGGACACCACUACAGAUGUGAUUGGUAUUCUCAAGGAAGUUGCCGAGACAUCUCAGAUUGUUUCCAAGGGAACAGGCAAGCCCUACGACAAAAGGGAACUCAGCCUGGUCGACAAUACUGGCUUCUCAGUUCGCCUGACUAUCUGGGGUGCCACUGCUGUCAAUUUCAAUGUGCCCCCGGAGUCUGUUGUGGCCUUCAAAGGGGUAAAAGUCUCUGACUUUGGAGGACGGAGCCUGAGUUUGCUGAGUUCUGGCUCGAUGGCUGUCGACCCUGACAUUGGAGAAGCUCAUCGGCUUAAGGGCUGGUAUGAUGCACAGGGCCGAACCGAGGUCUUCACCUCUCAUGCAUCCGUCUCCAAUGCGACCAACUCUAGCAUGAAGCCUGAUCAAUUCAAGACCGUUGCACAGGUUCGAGAGGAACAACUGGGAAUGUCGGAUCAGGUGGAUUACUUCUCGUUGAAGGCCACUGUGGUCUAUAUCAGGCAAGACUCGACCUGGUGCUACCCAGCCUGCCUUUCUGAAGGGUGCAACAAAAAAGUGAUCGAGUCUGAUCCUGGUCAAUGGCGCUGUGAAAUGUGCGAUAAGACCCACCCCAAGGCGGAGUAUCGCUACAUCAUGCCCGUCAGCGUGAGCGACCACACGGGUCAGCUUUGGCUCAGCUGCUUUGACGAUACCGGCCGUCUGCUCAUGGGAACGUCGGCUGAUAACUUGAUGCAACUUCAUGAAGAUGACCCCACGGCGUGUAGUGAAGUGUUUCAAGCAGCCAAUUGCCAGACCUGGAAUUUCCGAUGCCGGGCAAAGAUAGACACAUUUGGUGAUCAGCAACGAGUACGAUACCAGGUCUCAUCCGCCAAGGCCAUCAACUACUCGGAAGAAGCUUCUCGUCUGGCCGAGAUAAUCAGCUCUUACAAUAUCAAUUAG